GCAUGGAGGCUCUGACUCUCGGGAUCUAACACCGAGCAGCAGGGGGUAAAGACACUGCCGCAUGCGCUCUCCUUUUCACCAAAACACACAGGAAGGAAGCAGGACACUGUUGAACGCUUUGCCUCUUGGACUGAACUCAUUUUACGUGGAAGAGAGGAUCGUAGUUGGCGACAGGAGCGGGGCAGCCCGCCGUGCUGAGCAUGAAGCGGGUGGCUGUAGUGGCCAGGCACAAUGGCCUCGUCUCUCCGCUGGGGAACAACAACUCCGGGGCUUCUAGCAUCGUCUCACCGCUCCAGCCGAGAGCCACUGGUAUCUCCGCUCCUGCCGACAGUGGUACCGGCGGUGGGAUGGACGGCCUGUUGGAUUUCUCCAAAGGCCCCACCGUCAAAACCGAGCUGGUCUGCAAAUGGAUUGAUCGAACUUCUUCGAGGCAGAGGCUUGGGCGGACGGCGACAUCCGUCUGCGACCAAACUUUCAGCUCCAUGCACGAACUGGUGGACCACGUCACCACCGAGCAUGUAGCAGCGGGGCUCGAGACCCUAAGUCAUGUCUGCAUGUGGGACGAGUGCAUGCGCGGCGGAAAGGCAUUCAAAGCCAAAUACAAACUCAUUAACCACAUUCGCGUGCACACCGGGGAGAAGCCUUUUUUAUGCGCAUUUCCCAACUGCGGCAAGAUGUUCGCACGCUCCGAGAACCUCAAGAUCCACACGCGCACGCACACUGGUGAGAAGCCAUUCCAGUGUGAGUUUUGUGAGCGCCGCUUUGCCAACAGCAGUGACCGAAAGAAGCACUCACAGGUCCACACAGCCUCAAAGCCUUACGACUGCAAGGCCAUGGGCUGCACCAAGUCCUACACCCACCCCAGCUCUCUGCGGAAACACAUGAAGGUUCACAUCAAGUCGUCACCUACCUCUGAACCGCAAGAUGCGUACGACUCCAUCCCUCAUCAGCUCCAACAACCUCAUCAAGCUCUUACUGAGCCCCUCGACCUUAAAAUUAACCGCCUCUCUCCAUCACAUGCCAACAAAAAUGCUCAUUUUCCUCUUCUGUCCAAUCACGAAUUGGAUAUCAGCUCAGCAGGCGAAGUGGGCCAUAAGCUGCUGCUGCGGAGCUCAUCUCCAAUGGCAAUGCCUCUUGAUCUCUCUCUGUCAGGCCUGAAGAGUCAGCUGGCCCAGAAACAGCAGAGUGGCAGGAUCCCACGGAGGAGCCAGCGCUCAGUCAACCCAGCCUUACCUCAGUUGUCUAACAUUAAAGAGUGGUAUGUCUGUACCAGGACUACAUCUCCACACUUUCCUCUUCUUCACCCAGACCACAUCAAAUCAGAACCUAGUGAUGACGAGGAGUACAUCACGUAGGGUGGAGGCACUAUAUACGUGAAUUUAGAUGUGAAGAACAGACAUAAUGUAUUGUCAGAGCCGGGUCAGGCCAGAGAACGCUCUGCGGAAUCAUAGUUGCUGUAAUUUUCCAGAACCAGCAGUUGUAUGGUUCAACAUCAGUGGCCCUUCCAAGAUAGAGAAGGCUGUGAUCAUUUUGGAGGUUUUACUCUGUCGCAUACACAAAACUCAGCUUGGACAUCAUCAGUCUCUGUGGACCAAAACCAAUGGCUUACAUGUUGCCAGAAAGAACAAGAGGAAUUCCAUCAUUAUGGUUAUCAAACAAAAUGUUAAACAUAUAAUUGCAAGUUAUCUAAUCAGUGUUAGCUAUCUAAUCUGAACUAACAAAGGGGAUAACAUUGUACAAAUGGACCAGGGAAUGUUGGUGACUGCUCUGCCUCUGUCGUUAAAGAAUAUGAAGAGGGUGUUAGUACAUGAUGAUCUCUCUAGAGAGGCAGAUUAUUUACCAGUUUAUCUAUGAGCUCCACCUAAUUUCAAGGGCUAAAUUGCCACUGAUGAAAAGUGGGUAAUGUUAACCUGAGCUCACAGUAGCACAGUCCACAUGGUAACAAAGCAGGCACAUAGGAUUGAAGCAAGUUUGGAUCUGUUGAUUGUCCUCAGUAUGCUUUAAACGAACUCUUGAGUACAAUGAGUCAAUCUGACAAGCACUUUGUUUAAAGCAAACUGAGGCCUUUACUAAUAAACCAUUGGGAGUAACUUGUUCAAAGUGUUUCAUGUGAUCAUGUUCUAAUUCAACACAGCAGCCAGCAGUGAAGCUGAAGUUUGGAGACAGUGUGACUAGUCCUGCUGUCAAUUCUGUGGACCUUUCAGUGGGUUAAUCACCUGCAUCUGUUUACACUCCACUUGCAUUUUAGUCAAGACCCCAAGGUUACCAAAAUUACCAUAUAUGUCAUACCCGUGUUCGUUUAACAUGGAAAUGUGUAUUAAAUAAAAAAGACCUCUGGUAUUUUCCUUUGGAUCAAAUCGUGCAGCCAUAAAAGGUGACAUCUUGGAUUUGAGUGUUGACUCAACGCAAGCAUGCUGUGUCAGUGAAUCAAGGAAACAAGUGGAUUGUCUUAAGCAAGAUUGUGGUACUGCUUGAACAAAAUCUGAAGUUAUUGCAUUGAGGACACUUUAAAUGGUUAAUAAGUGACUUUUACUCAUGUACAUUAUACAUGCACUCAUAGCUCAUUUCAAGCUGGAUUUGAAGCUGGAUGUAAGAAAGCCUACCUGAAUAAGACUGCUUAAACAUGCAAUGACACAGGAUUAUAAUAUUAUUCUAAAGAAGAUUGUGAUGUAUUAAAACCCAGGGGCCAGGUGUAUAAAUGAUGCGUACGCACAAAAAACAUGCAUACACUAUUUCCCACACAUAACCGGUAUAUAUAAAAGAAGAAUGUGCGCACAUCAGUAACUUCAGAGCAGGCAUACACAUAGUUUUCAAGAGAUAGCUGCAGGUGAUAUGAUAAAGUGGUCAUGAAAUCAUGUAGCCUUAGAGUGAAAAAAUUAUUUGCUUACGUUACAUGUCAGUUUCCCUGAUUGUGUUAUUAUGUUGUAGUCUAGUGUUCUGUGUUCUGUCACCCAAAGGCCACAUUGAAACUUAAUUUUAAAUUAUUUGUGAAUGACGAAUUAUGAAGCACUUUGUAAAGUCUGUUUCAAUAUGAGCUCUAUAAAUCAAUCAGUGAUCAUCCUUCUGAUGUUUAACAGUGAUGAUUGACAUGGUUUACAGGUACACGUGAUGAAUUCGUGAUGAAGGUGCUAUAAAUAGCCACAGCCGUGAGUAGUGACAGCUGCUGUGCUGCUGUUGGAGAACCUCACUGAUGCAACACAGUUAGUGAAGUUGCACUUGAUCAACAGAUCUAAAGGCUGGCGGAGCCAGCAGAAGGAUCAAUAUGCAAACAGAUGUUUAUGGGUGUCUCUGCAUCCAUUUAUGGAUAACUGGGAGUGAAAAGGAGGCCGUCCCCAGUUCAACAAAGAAUUAGCCAUAGAUGUGGCUUUAUAAAUUUGAUUAAAUUAAUUUACAUAAUUCUGUCUUUGUGCGUACACAGUUUUAGUCAUAAACCUACACUGUUUUAUGCAUCUGGCCCAGGUUUUUACAACCAGGGUAAAAUUGAAAGUGAGUGUCCCUAAUAAUUCCUCAUUGCACAGGAAAACUGCAUGCACAACUACAGUAAGUACAGUGGGUCAAAGUUGAAGCAGGAUGUGGGCUUGUAAACUGCAAUGUUUACAAGGGAUUGUUCUGAAAAUAAUUAUCCUGUUCAUCUUUGUUUUUUCUUCGAAAUAUACAGUAAAUGGCUAACAUUGGUUUGCUGAAAACAUUUUUUAGUCACCAUGAUCCCAAGCUAUUAACUUGGUGAUUAUUUUUACUGGAAAGAAUGACAGACAAAACUGCAACCACAAUACCCAAGUUGAAUGAAACAUGAAUUUCCCUUUAAACAGUAGAUGUGAUUUGUGGAUUGUAAGUGUCAACAAAUUAUACGUAAUCAAUCUGGAAGUCUAGAGUACAGAGAGAACACAGACUUUUAGCCAAAGUGCAGAACAGCUUUUGAGAGCAAGGGCAGAAUUAUGUCAUUGACAUUUUGAUUCUCAAAAGCAAUAAUCUUUAGACAUGAGCAAGCAACUGCUUGGACCCAAGCAGUGGAAGGCCCUGGGUUUGAAUCAUCCAGCUGGGGCCUUUCUAUGUGGAAAUUACAUGGUCAUUUCUUUAUCUCUGAGGGUGUUCUCCCACGAUCCAAACACGUGAAGAUCUGAUUAUAUAUUAUAAUAUUGGAAACGGAAGUUUGAAUCAUUGUCCACACUGUAGCCUAUGUGUUAGUCCUGUGCUGGACUUGUCCAGGUGUACUAGGCUAUUCCACUUAUUUGAUGUGAGCUAGAAUAUGCUCAGGGGGCAGAUGUGUUUUAACAAAAACAUGCGUACACCAUUUCCCACACAUAAAGUGGAGUUCACACAAAAAAAAUGUGCGCACCUCAGCAUACUUUUUAUGCAGUUAUACCUGAGAUAGCUGCAGGUUAAUUUAUGAGGUGGACAAGAAAUGUAAGGUGUAACCUUACGUAGUAAAAAAUUGUUUGCUUAUUUUUGCCAAUUUCAACAAUUGUGUUAUUUUGCAGUAUACACUGUAUUGUGUAUGACGUCACUCAAUAGCGCAUUUAUAAACUUCAUUUCGAUUAUUAGAGUGAUGAAUUUUACCAUUUGUUUUAUUUACAUCCAAACCAUUUCCCCAUAAUAAUGAUCUUUUCAUUUGAUCCGAAGCUUUUGUCUGAUUCAAUAUGAGUUCUGAACAAUAAUCACUGAUCUUGCAUCUAAUGUUUAAAAAUGCUGAUUGAGAUAUCAUCACAAUGAUGGCUGAAUAAUAGGCCAACACAUGAUAAAUUAGUGGCACGGGUGCUAUAGUCACAGCUGUCUGUAAUGGCCACACAGAGUGACAGCUAAAUGGAUGGAUAUUUACUGCCAAUAAGAUACUUGUAAAGUUAAUACAGACAAACAUUUUUCAGGAUCCAUCAUCAAUCUGCAUUUCCCUAGAAAGGACAGAUGUGCAUGAAAUCCCCUUUACACCAAACCUGAUGCCCUAUGCCCAUCUGUUAAAACAAGAAUAAGGUAGUGUGUCAUAUAAACUAGUCCUGAGUGUUUACAUUGGUAAAGACUUUUACGAAGAAACCUAGUGUAAAGGACUCACUCAUGGUCCUUAAACUAAAAGAUCGUCACAAACAAACUGAACCAGUAGUAUAUCAGUUAAAAAAUAUAUUUAUAUGUUGUUUUUUUAAUUCUGAAAAAUAUUUUGUAGGUCACAUUACUGGUUGGAGAUACUAGACUUUUUGAGUAAAAUUGCAUUUUUCAUGCAGGUUCACUGGUUUAUAGCAUGAAACCGCAGUCUUUACAGAGCAAUACAAAAAAUAUAUAAUGAAUUCUCAUUGAAUUG